ACGUUCUUCUUUCAGGGGGGUAUUGCAGGUGCCUGCGGCUCCAUCCACCAAGACUUUGACUUUAUCGCUGCACUAUCGCCGACGAUGUACGGUCCGAUAAAUGCCAAAUCUCCCCUGUGUUCCAAACGCAUGCGAAUCACGAACACAAUGAAUAACAAGACGGUUGAGGUAACUGUCGCCGACGCAUGUCCAACUUGCCCGGGAGCGAACGAUCUCGAUCUGUCAGUUGCGGCGUUUGAAUCCCUCGGCCAGGAGGUGCAAGGUAUUCUUCCCAGUGAGUACUACUCACCUCUGCGAGGCUUUCACGCAUUCUCCAGCUGA